GGGGUCUUCUGCGAGCGCAGACACAUAGCUUUGUGUAUCGUCGGCGUGGGUCAACAAGCGCAUCGUUGAGCCUCCUUGCAGAUGGCUCGGCGACGGCUCAUCGUCGUCGUACGCAGGCGGGCGCCCGUACGGCGCAUGUCCGCCUGGUGUAUCCAUGGCUUAUGCCGUGUUGUUUUGCGCGUUUCUUGCGCCAGUGGACCCCGCAGCUUUAUGGUGUGGUCAACGGAGCGAUGGGAUAGUGGAUAAUCUCGAGAAAAAUGCGAAUUGUAUGCUUGCAAUGCUAACCGUAGUUCCAGAGCGAACGUUGCGGCGGAGGGUCCGGCAGCGUGGGCGCGUGUUUGGGCGUACUCGUUUCCACAGCAACCACCGCCCAUCGUCGCACGGCCUGUGCUGGCUGCAUGCGCCCCAACGCCAUCUCCAGUUUUCGGCGCAGCGCGCUACGUUUGAGGACGACUCCGGCCGGCACGAUUCGGGUCCACGGCGUGUUCCUGAAUUAACUACCAGCCGCGUCUGACUUGGUGGGUUGUUGUUAGACAAUGAGAAGGAUCUUCUCGU